UCUAUAUUUAGCUAAAUACACAUGUACAUCAUUUUACAUGUACAGUAUUACCAGUUUGGUCUGAAGAUCUUUCGAAGCCCUGUAUGUAAAAAUCAAAUAUGGCACAAUACUCACAGUGGCCUAAAGUUGAGUUAGCCAGUAACGAUAUUCUGACUAUUAAAGACCCAAGUGGGAACAUCAUUGAACUGUUCCCCUGUUACGGGUAUUAUUUCCCGAGAUCUUCCAUUGAAAAGCGACGAUAUCCAGACCCUCGGGAGAAUAUCCCUAGCAUUAUUAAAAUGAAGACCAGACAUGAUGAUGUCUUUCUAACGGCUUAUCCAAAAACAGGAACCCAUUGGUUGACUGAAAUCCUAUAUAUGUUACUUAACAAAAGACUAGAAUACAACAAAGAGUAUGGUAAAGUCAGUGCCAUGCUGCCACUUCAAACACCGGAAAUGGUAGAUAAACUGCCAUCCCCGCGUAUAUUAAACAGCCAUUUGCUAUUAAGUUCCUUACCACGUGAUAUAUUGACCCAAAAGAACAAAGUUGUAUUUGUGAAUCGCAACCCAAAAGACGUUGCUGUAUCCUUAUACCAUUUCUGCAAGCAUACAAUAAACUACGAAGGUUCAUGGAACGAUUUUCUGCAGCUAUUUAUGUCGGAAAAAGGCAUGGUUUAUGCAGGCCCGUGGCACAAAUACAUGAUGGACUGGGAUAAUGUCAUAAGGAAUAAUUCAAAACUAGAUGUAUUAGUUGUCAACUAUGAAGAUCUCAAAAUGAAUCCACUGAAGGAAAUUGAAAGGCUUGCAGAAUACUUAGAUGUUAAAAGUAGUUCUGAUUUCUACAGUCAAGUUUCAGAAAGAUGUAGGUUCAAUCAGUUGAAAGACGACUACAAGAACAGAAAUCAUCCUUUACGAGAGGUUAUAUUUAGGAAAGGUGAUGUUGGAGAUUGGAAAAAUUGGUUUACAGUGGCACAAAAUGAAGAAUUUGACAAACACCUUACUGAAAAAUUAACAAAUUCGUCAUGGACAUUUAGGUACUGUGUCAAAGAAUAAAAUUUAGUUAUUUA